GCCAACGGCGGCGCGAAGCGCCAGAAGACCUCGCACCAGAGCUACGUCGCGUACCAAAAACAGGGCAUCCGGCGGAGCACGCGGCACCGCAAGGUCCGGGGGGAGAAGGCGCUGCUCGUUUCUGCCAACCAGACGUUGAAGGAGCUGAAAAUCCAGAUCAUGCAUGCAUUUUCAGUUGCCCCCUUCGACCAGAACCUGUCGAUCGACGGGAAGAUCCUGAGCGAUGACACGGCCACGCUCGGCAGCCUGGGAGUCAUCCCCGAAUCCGUCAUUUUAUUAAAGGUAACGUGGGAGCGAGGUGGCCGUGGCCGCCCGCUGCUCUUGCUGCUUGUCCUUCACGCUUGGGAGCAAUAA